GUCUCGGGCACGCGUUUCCGCUCUGUACUUCUCUAUUUUGCUUCUGUCAUUCAGUUCAAGUGUAUUAGCACGCGACCAAGAUAUCGCCAUGUAUCACUUUGCCAAGGCUGCUUUCAGCCUCUCCGGUCAAAGUGCCCGUCAGGUGGCUGUGCGACACAAGUCAGAUCUGUCCCAAGACCUUCAUGCAAAAUAUGGAGCCCCUCUUCUGAUUUCUGGAGUCACAUUUUGCACUGCUGUUUGGGCAUAUGUGAUCACAUCGACAGGCAUCGCAUGGAACCUGUCACCUGUAAGCAAGGUGCAGCCCAAGGAAUGGAAGGAGUAAUAAAAACAUUCCCCAAUGUGGAAAUAGAAAAAUAACAUUCUAAACUUUUCCAUUUCAAAAAUGGAAACAAUUUUCACCUAAUCCAAUCCCGUUGCAGUCUUGGCAUGUCUGUAAAAAUGUAAUAAAUGAAGUAUAACUCUUAA